AUGCAAUUAAGAAGUGGUGUACUCAAGAAGCCCCCAACUAGAAAUUACAUCUCAGGGUAUCAAAUAUUUUAUGCGACCAAAUUGCCUGAGUUGAAAAAGGAGGGCAAAUUUUAAGUGGGAGAUGCAGGUCAUAAGAUCUCCGAAAUGUGGAGAGGUUUGGACGAUGACGACAGGUAGAAAUUCGAAGACUAGUUCCAAGAAAUGGAAUCCAAAUAUAAGGAAGACCUGAUACUCUAUUAUGGAGGGAACACACAAGACAUCAAGAAAUACAAGGCAUUGAUGGAAAUUCCAGAGAAGCCCAGAAAACCUGCUUCUGCAUGUCUAGUAUACAUCGCAGAACAUAGGAAGGAUUUCGGUAAUGAAAAUCCUGAUAUGAAUAUGGCGAAAGUGACUAAGGUUUUGGCAGACAAAUAUAGUGCUCUUUCAAAUAAGGAUAAAAAAAAGUAUGAGGAUGAUUUUCAAAGGAAAUUGGAAUAAUACCAUAAAGAAAUAGAGAUUUGGCAAAAAAAAUUUGCUGAAAAAUAAGAAUAAUUUGAUAAAUUGAUUGAAGAAAAAUUUAAACGAUCCGCUUCAAAAUAAGACUUGGAAUAUUAGGAAUUGCCACCAUAUAAAAGAGGACCUAAAAAGAUGAAAGAUGAAGAGGAGACAGCUGGAAUAAAGAUUGAAUAGAAAGAAAAGGAGGUUAAGAAGGAGGAAAGGAAAGAGGAAAGGAAAGAGGAUAAAAAAGAUGAUAAAAAGGACGAUAAAGAUAAUAAAAAAAAUACAAAAAAUACCAAAGAUGAAGGUAAAGUUGUAUAGAAUAAAGGAGAAUCAAAGAAAUAGUUAGAAAAAGAUUAAAAAGAUGGACAAAUGAGAAGAAAAUCCGGUUAAAGAAGAUGCUGAGAAAUUUCACUGAAAUAUUUUUUAAUAAAUUUUCUGUUAAACCAUAUAAAAUUUAUAGAAAA